GUAGAAGCUCAAGCUGAAUUUUCAUUGCUGUCUUUGUAGUAUGUGUGUGUAGACUGCAUGCAUUUAAGCAAGCGCAUGAGGAUUCCAUGCACACAAUUUGAAAAGCUGUGUGAGCAUGAAGAAAUUAGGGUACAUAGAGGAUGUGCUUCAUCCAAAAAUGUACCCAAUAUAUUCUGCGACUGUCAACGUCAAAUUUACCGCGAGACGCACAGCGUCGCGCGCAUCAUUGGAGAGAUUCGUGAAUCUCGCGCGAGGAGGCGUGAUGAGAGGGAAACGGAUGGGAGAGGAACGGAAUGGGACUGGCGGAUUUCAGGUUUCUAUGGGAACUGGUAACCUUGUCACGAGUCCUUGCGUGAACUCAUCACCUGGCUUGACUCAUUUUUGAGUGCCAGAGCAAGGAAGACGUUCAUUGAGAACGUGUGAACCCAGCCAACAAGUGUUUCGAACGACGAACUACUGUCUACUGUCGUCUGCAUGGCGUUCAAAGUGGAAGGACCGUCUGCUCCGUACGAUGCAUCUAAUGCACCUAUGAAUCCACCGUUUCCACCGUCCUACAACGAUGUAACUGUGCAACACUCUUCGCUUGGCGGUGGACUAACUUUCGUCGAUUUUCUUCCGCCAUGCAUCCAGUCCGGGAUUUUCAAGCCCACGAAGUUUGAGCCUUUUAGGUGCCUGAUCACCUAUGCAAACGGAUGGCUGCAACACAACCCGUCCUGGGAAGUUAAGACAUGCGAGAGCGUGGAAUUCAAGGCAGGUUCCUCCGGACCAAAGGUUGAACAAAUGAGUUACUUAGAAUAUGGAGAAACUACGACACAGUUCAUGAGAUGCCUGAGAUUAUGGAUAGUGCCUCGCUGUGAUCAGAGUCGCCCGCCACAGCAGCUCGAUUACAUAAACUUGGUACCACAAGAGGUUGGUAGUGGAGGCCUGUUUUCCGCGCCCAAGUAUGAAACGCUUCAUCAGAUGAUCGACCGCUACAACAGUGAGGCUCGAUUCCGUCCUGCUCCUGGACGUAUAUUGGCAGUUGAAUCUCAGGAAAUGAAAGCGACCGGAAUGUUUAGGUUUGACCCUGAUAGAUCCUUCUGGUUUGAGAACGGGUCCGGACAAAAGCGUUUCCUUUUCGUCAUCCGUCUUUUCUUUGAAGUAGGGUCCUACCCCUCGGAAGCAGUGGGAGCAGCAGACUUUGUUCCAGAUGAAAUCGAACCAGGAGGUUGCUGCUAUUUACCCACAUUGGGGAAUUUUUCCAGUGUACUAGCAAAAGCGUCGCAGUGGUGUGCCCAGCAAUCGGGCGUCCGCUUUUGUAAUGCACAGUCACUGGAAAUAAAGCUUCACUUAGGAAAGGAAGUUGAUACUCAGCAGCUUUCAUAUACAGAGCACGCUGACGUAUCAACCAGGUACAUCCGUGUGCUCCGCGUUGCAUACACGAAGCCCUCAGAAGGAUAUUUCGCGGAAGUUCCGAGACUCAACCUACAGUGUAAAACGUUUGUCCCGGUCCAACUCGUGCGAGGAUCACGAACAGACUUCGAAACUCUGACCGAGACCAAAAGGCGCGUCGAGGCCUGGGUUCGAAUGACAGGAGCACGAGUGCUGAGCUGCGAGACCCCGGCAAUGCGUCUGUCGUGGGGGUCAAACUUUUUGGACAAGCUCGACAGUGGAUCCACGGUCAACCGUGCAGAACGAUCUGAAUACUGGAUUUUUGUGAUUCGCCUCUAUCUCGACGGGUUCUACCAAGAGCCACCAGCAGCAGAGAUGCCUCCGAUACCUCCAUUGCAGGAACAAUCUUGCGGAAUACUCUGAAUGUUUGCAUUGGCAGUCACGUUUCUACAGUGCUUUGUGUACUCUGCUUUUGAUCUGUGUGGAGCUCACAUACGUCUAUGUUCCGUGUCAUAAACUGGGUGUGCUUCAGUGCCUUGUAACUGUG